AUCUUUUAACGGCUCUGUUGACUUGAGGAUGUGACGUCACUGCGGCGGUUGGUCGCCGCUUCUUGCCGUUGUUCUGCUCACUGACAGCAGCCGAGAGGUGAAGCUUGGUUCCGGCUAACACACUGAGGGAACAUGCGCUCCCUCGUAGGGCUUAUCGCAGUUGUCGCCGCAGCCAGCUUGUAUCUGUAUUCCCUGUCCUUGUAUCUUCCUGCGGGACCAAGAAGACGUCCUCCCCGGAGCGCCGAGGCUGGACAUGUGGAAGCGGCGGAGUCCGAGCAGCAUCAGCCCAGCGACCCCUCAGAAGAUGAAGAGCCCAGCAGGUUAAAGUUCCCUUCAGACUUGGAAGAGCUGAGGGAACUCGCUGAACUCUUGCAGUUUUACAAGACAGAGCACACUGGAUAUGUCCUUCUACUCUUCUGCAGUGCUUAUCUCUACAAGCAAUCCUUUGCUAUUCCUGGAUCCUCAUUCCUGAACAUUCUUGCAGGAGCUAUAUUUGGACCCUAUCAAGGACUGCUCCUUGCCUGUGUGCUCACAACUAUAGGGUCUACGAUGUGCUUCCUCCUGUCCCAAGUCUUUGGAAAACACUACAUUGUGAACCUUUUCCCUGAUAAAGUCUCCACACUGCAGAGAAAGGUGGAGGAAAACCAGGACCGUUUGUUCUUCUUCCUGCUCUUCCUGAGGUUCUUUCCCAUGACUCCCAACUGGUUUCUGAAUAUGUCUGCACCGAUUGUAAACAUCCCCAUCUCCUUCUUCUUCUGCUCAGUCUUCAUUGGCCUCCUGCCGUACAACUUCAUCUGUGUCCAGACAGGCGUCAUGUUAUCUGAGGUGUCAUCGCUGGAUGACUUGUUCUCCUGGGAGCGGCUCCUGCAGCUGCUGGCCAUCGCCUGCAUGGCUCUGCUGCCCGGCACCCUCAUCCGCCGCUUCAGUCAGAAGCGUCUUAAACUUGACGUCCAGUCACAGAACGGACUCGUCACCGAUAAGAAAGUCCAGUGAUUUGUCCUGGGACUGAGUUUGUUUAUUGGCAUACUGAUGCCUUCUGCCCUUGAGAGCGAAUGUAGUUGGAGCACACCCACACACGCUUCGCUGUCGUGGAGCCACCUGGACAAGUCGCAGUGGGAGUAUUUGAGGAGUAUUAUGUGCGAGCAGAUGUUUCUGUACCACAUGUUGGCACAGCCGUAAAUGUGUAUAGAUGUAUGAAUGUACAAUGAUGAUAUGAAGCAGGGGGAGCAUUUUAAGGAAACUUUGCUUUUGCGCUCACCUUCAGAAAGCGAGUGUUCAAAGUGCCUGUCGUGGAGUUUUGGACUCACACUUCUACCUCCAUGAGAACCAGGAAGAAAUAUUGUAAAUGUGUGUAGAUGAUUAGAUGAUGGCUUUGUGGGGCUUAUAUGAUUUUUAUUGUUUGCAGCAUACACUAUACGAAGCAGAGGUUUUUUUUUUUUUUUUAUUGUUUUGACAAUCGCAUUUUGCAGUUUCGGUGUUAAUUAUUUAUGGGGAGGGUUUUUUUUUUAAAUUCAAAUUUAUUUUAUUUUUUGCAGUUUCAUUUAGAGGCCAGAAUCUGACCUCUGGGAAAGCAGCAUGUGACCAGUUUGUGAUGGUUUGUUGUAUGGGGCCUGUUUACCAUGUUAAGUUAUUCUGCUGUAUUAUCUGAAAACCAAUGUGCAGUUAAGUCAGGUGAUGUGAAGCUUUAAUCCUGCUACAAAAAUCAUUCUUUUGCUGCCUUUUAUUGUCUAGUAAAGUUUUUUCACAGCUCUUUCUUUUUGAGGGUUAAGAAGUAAAAUCGUGCUACUUUCUUUCAUCUGAAUUGCACGUGAUUUUUUUUCUAAAGUAAUGUACUUUGAAUCAUUUAAUACAUGUACAUACACUCAAUGAGUGGCUGUGGAGUUAUUUUUUUUUAAUGAUUCACGCAAUGUUUUGCUUUUGUCGAGCUUGUUUCAGUGUGACUGAUCUUUUGGCUUGAAGGUUCAUGGUGUGUUAGAUUUUAAGUGAUGCAGCACCUUUAUUUGAGAGGUGUAAAAACUUCAAAAUAAUAAAACAUGAAAAGGG